AUGGUGGUCCUAAGACUGCUUUUUCUCGGAGUUACUGUCAUAUAUUUGGAUGGGACACUAUGCAGAGGUUGCAAUUUGGCAAAAGGCAAACCCGCCAACCAAAGUUCCACCUACCACACAUGCGAUGCCAGGCUCGCUGUGGAUGGUAACUAUGACGACGUCUUGUCCCAUGGGAGUUGUUCCAAUACUAAUGGUGGUCAAGGUCAAUGGUGGCUGGUGGACUUAGAAACCACGGCGAGAGUGGCCGGUGUUAUCAUAACAAACCGUGGCGACUGCUGCUCUGACCGUUUGAAUAAUUUCGAAGUGAGAGUCGGAACCUCUUAUGAGAAUAAUUCAUCAUUCACCCAGUACAAACUCUGCGCCAGUUACCCGGGGGUGGCACCUGUGGGGACCACGUCUCUGUCCUGUGGGUCACCAUUGAGAGGACGAUAUGUCUUGAUCAUUAAAGUUGGUAGUGACUAUAGUUACUUGCAGCUUUGUGAGGUGGAGGUUCAUGGUAUUUCAAGUGCAACCACGUUCCAGCAGGUAGCUGCAGAUGCUCGUGCAAGCCUUGUGCCCAUAUCCACGCUGAAUGUCCGCAGCCUCACCGAAUGCAGCAUCUCUUGUAUGCAACACUGGAAGUGUGCGGCCAUAAACGUUCUCUGUGCAGGAAAUGACCAAUGUGUCUGUGAACUUCUGCCCAGUACUGCCCAGUCCAGCGACUUGCAGGCAGACACUGGUUCUGAAUAUUAUGAGGACAUCUGCUUGGGUUAAGUGUAGGACGAGACUAAUAAAUGUGGCUAAAUCACUUCAGAAAUACCCCAGAGAAGUAUUCAUGACUACGUAACGUACAUGCCUUUUAAGUAUCUCCUAUCGUUGUGAAACAAUUAAAUGAUAUUGAUGUGCUAAGCUGAAUAUACAUGUAUAUUAUUAGAUGAUAUGCCACGCUGGGGUAGUGUUGUAAAAACUGACCAUUCAUAUUGUAUUAGAAAUGUGCAGGUGGUGAUCGCUCCCAAGACUGACCUAAACUAGUGUGAAGACGACAUGGUCUCAAGAGGGAUCAUUUUAAUUUGACUUAAAAAUAAAAAAAAAAAAUAAAAAAAACAAAACGUCAAUAGCCAUUUUCGCUGCUUCGUAAAUUGGCACGAGAAAGCAAUCACUUUCCUGUGUAACACCGUAACUAAGUAAUACAUUAUCAUGAAGACGCGUGCUUGACGACUAGUGUGUUAAUCAUAGUCUGGCGCCUGUAACCAUUGCUUUGGUUAAACAUUUUUUUAGUUUUAAGAGCCCGUUAAUUACGAUGUUGCAAUUAACAAAACUUUUGUUUGGCAUCUUUACUGAUAAUUUGGAAGUUCACUUUUCAAAAUAUUGCACUUAAUUAAAGGAUGUAUCGGUGUGGUUCAAUAUGCGUUAUAACAGCGUUGUUACAUGUAGCUGAGAAAAUAAGAAGUUCACUUUUCAAAGUAAUUUCCUGGCACCUAAUAGGAGGACUUAUCGUUUUGAUACAAUACACCUUAAAACAAAGUCGUUAGCUGUUUAGGUGAAAGUGAUUUGUUUGAAAGCGAUAACAUUUUUCACCCCAAAAACGAUUCUGUUAUAUCACAAGC